GGAUAACAGGCGAAAGAUGGAAGGUGGGAUUUAGAGGACGAAGCGGAGGGAAAUAGCUUCAUUCUCUGUACUCUGCAACGAGAGCGAGAGAUAGAGAGAAGGAGAGAGAGAUGGCUCAGGCCUUAGCGCUGCCAGUAGCUCAUGGUCUCUCUUCGUCCAUUGCCAUCGGCAAGGGAGAGGCUCACUGGGCGUCGAUGCCCACCCAUGUCCAACUACCAUCAUCCUCUCCCAAGUUCCUGGGCUUGACUGUCAAAUGUGCCAGAGUUGGUGGGGUGGAAGUUCCCAACAACAAGAGAAUACAGUGUUCGCUUCAGUACAUCCAUGGCAUCGGGCGGUCGCUUUCUAAACAGAUUCUGAAUGAUCUGAGCAUGGAGAACAAGAUCACUAAGGACUUGAGUGAAGAGGAAUUGAUCACAAUUCGAGAUGAAGUCUCCAAGUACAUGAUUGAGGGCGACCUGAGGCGUUUCACUGCAAUGAACAUUAGGAGGCUGAAGGAAAUUCAGUGCUAUAGGGGAACGAGGCACAUCGCUGGGUUACCCUGCAGGGGUCAGCGUACAAAGAACAACUGCAGGACAUUGAAGGGGAAGAGGGUCGCUGUGGCUGGAAAGAAAAAGGCUCCUGGUCCUCGUUAAAGGCAUUUUGGGGACUUUGCUGAUAAAUUGCUGUUUUGUUUUCCCAAGAAGCAUGUUUCUUUUAGCACAUGUCCUACUGUGUGUUUCAUCUAAAGACAUUUUUGAAUUGCUUUCCUGAAGGAAUUUAAUGACUAGUAUGGUUUCCACGCA